AUGCCUAAAUAUUCUUUUAAUUGUCGAGAAAUACAGAAUUUAUUAAACGGAAUUGUUUGUUUAUUCAAACCAAGAGAUAUUCCUUUACCUGCUUUACAAAGAUUGUUUUUAAAAGGAAUUUGUGAUCAAGCAAAUGUGAUUGCUCAAUGUCGUCCACUUCCAUUAAUUGAAAUGCCAAUAGUUGAGGAACAUAAAGAAAGUGGUUCUCUUUUAAUUGUUGGAAAACGUCAACAAAUUGAUUACAGUUUGCACCCUUCAAUUGUUGGUGAAAUGUUUAGACCAGAAGAAUUUCAAAUUGAACCAUUAAAUCCUUUAGAACCAUCCAGUUCUGGUGUCUGUGGUAAUUUUUAG